AUGAACCAGGACUUGGAAUACGACGAUGAAGAACAAAAAUGGGAGCAAGAAGAGUUAACUGGGCUUGAGGAGGAUGAAGUUGAAGAAGCGAGUUCACGCUAUCGCGCCUACAUCCCACAAUUGAUGGACAUCCAACAGAUGCGGGCGCUGCGAACGGCGCUGGAUCGUAGUGAGAUGCAGAUUCUGCAACAGGGGCACUUGAAAGAAUACGUACCUCGAAAACCAGCAUCAAGCAAAUUGCGUCAGUGGUACGGCCUACCUCGGAACCAUCGAGGAAUCAACCGCCCAAUAAUGUCGGCGGGUCCAUCGUCACGGAUCGAGAGCUUGAACGCGGAUUCUAAGUUGUGUGAGCGUCCAGCUACAUCGAGUAGAUCAGCUUCCACUGGAGUCAAGACGAAAGAAUUCGCGAUGAUUAUGAAAAGGGAAACACGCCAAGCUCGAGGUGAUUGUACCACUUCAGAUUCUAUGCGAUCUUAGUGCCGGUUUUACUGUUCAUUUUCUCAUUUUCGUUCAACUUAGAACUGGAGCGCCUCUACGAGGACACCAAGCGCUCGCUUCUCGAUUACGUUGAAGUUGUUACUACAUGCAAACCAAACGAUCGAGUCGGCGGUCCGGAAGUCUACGAACAACUCGCUGAUCUAAUUUCCUUUGCAGCGAAAUGUUCUCGGCCUGAGUAGAUUAGAAAGAGAUCGUAAAGAAUUAAAAACAGAUUCAUUCAUAAG